AUGAAUACAAACAAUCCAGGCUUAUGGGGAGUGUAUAAUGGUCCCCAACCACCCAAAAAAAACCUCUACGAAAUGGAUCAACAAGAACAAGCCGAAGAAGGGGCCCGACAAAUGAUUGGUCUCAUGCAAUCCUGCCCCGGUAAAACAGUCAUGGCAGGUGUAAGUGGGUUUGCAUUAGGGGGAUUUUUCGGAUUAUUCAUGGCCUCAAUGGCAUAUGAUACACCAAUAGGUACUGGAGCAGUACAACAUAUUUCCGAUUUACCAUUUAAACAACAAAUGAAAUUACAAUUUACUGAUAUGGCAAAAAGAUCAUAUAGUUCAGCUAAGAAUUUUGGAUAUAUUGGGAUGGUAUAUUCUGGAGUUGAAUGUUGUGUGGAGAGUUUGAGGGCUAAACAUGAUAUAUAUAAUGGUGUUAGUGCUGGGUGUAUAACUGGGGCUGGGUUGGCUAUUAAGGCGGGUCCUCAGGCGGCAUUGGUUGGGUGUGCGGGUUUUGCUGCUUUUAGUUUGGCGAUUGAUAUGUAUUUGAAUAGUGAAGCUGCUGCUCCUCCAAAGAAUGAUUAUGAUUUGUAG